UGGUUACGACUUAUGAGAACCUCCGAUCCACUGACUAAAGAUCUCAACAUGUUCGUAGCAGUACUCUUUCUGCCGGUUGUAGCCGGGAACCUCUUUAUGGAAAGCAGCCUUCAUAGCUUUCCGAAAAUAACUGAAAGAAGCGGAUAUGUAAAAACCUGCAAUAUGAACAAACCUGGCAACCGCACAGUGAGCUGUGCCCAGUUAAAAAUGGAAGGAAAUAACGAGACCGGUGAUUAUUUUAUAACUCCUUACACAAAUUUCUCUGUGAGGUGUGACAUGGACACCAAUGGUGGCGGAUGGACAGUGAUCCAACGUCGGUCCUGGGACGAACUUGAGGGCAAUGGCUUCGAGAAAUCUGAAAAAGACUAUGAAGAAGGAUUUCGCGGAGGCGCGUCUUCAUACUGGAUAGGGCUCAACAAUAUUCAUGCCCUCACGACCCAUCCAAAUAGCGAUCAAGUUCUCAGGAUUGAACUGACAUCACUAAAGGACGAAACAAUUAUUGUGCAGUAUGGUAAAUUUAAAGUCGGUCCCAAAAAAGACGGCUACCGACUGACCAUCGGCGAUUACAGGAGCCCUAAUGGUUCCGAUUACGACGGGUUGGCGUUCCACGACCAAACCACGUUUUCCGUCGCGAAAAAAACCGAUCGGGUUGACCCUUGCUCUGGAUCACUGAAAACUGGUGGCUGGUGGUUUCCACCUUUUGGCUGCAGCUUUUCGAAUCUUAAUGGGCGUAAACUUAAAGGUGAUAUUCCCAAAAACAACAUGGGCUUUGGUAUUACCUGGUACAAAACAGGCGAUUUUGAUUCCUACCAAAACGGCUACAAAAGUGUGGAGAUGAAGGUCAGGGAUGUCGAUUUUGAAUUAUGUAUGGGCCGAAUUUCAACAUAGUUCUCUUAUUCCUGAUGUCUGCAUUAGUGCAAAAAGCACCAAUUCAAGACGAAGUGUCCAUUCACUAUACUCCGUGAGUUUUUCGAUUUUUAUAAAUUGUAUCUGCCAACAUUAAAAAGAAAGAAAACACCAC